AACAAAUCCCACAUGUCGAGAAGUGAGAGUCGCAGAUUUUGUACGUCAUCAUAGCUCGUAGUGCCCCACAACGCUGUGAUUGGCUUAAUAGUUUAUAUCCCAAUUUGUCAUUCAGUAAUUUUUUAAUAAAGAAUACAUUAGCUCAAUAAUUACUAUACGUCAUUAGGGAUUCACAUUUCAAAUACAAUAUAAUUCAAGAUUUCUUAACGUGAGUGACUUAUAAUGGAUUGUCCUCUCUAAAUUAUAACGUGCCUGUUUUGUUUUGACGUUCAAAACAUCUAUUCAGAGCAAUGGAUGUCGCUAGAGAAGUGGUUCGCCGUGACAAAAAACUGUCAUUUUCCAACAUGAUUGGCGUUCACCAUGCUAGAACAAGACAGAAGGCCCACGCCUCACAUGGAAAACAAUUAUCUCCUCCGUGGUUUAGAUAUAUUGCUUGUGUUACAUGACUGCGAGCGAUAUGGAGUAGCCCUAAACAGGAAUGGAAAGAGGCUGAUCAGCAGUGAAGGUUGUUAUGGCGGAUUCAGAGGCAUCACCGCAGAGCGGGGGUUACGAUGUGGAGCUGUUCGUGGACACGCCGGACUACGACCUCAUUUGCACCAUCUGCCAGGGGGUCCUACGAUGCCCCGUGAGAGCCACGUGCCAUCACAUCUUCUGCAAGAGAUGCAUUUUGCAAUGGCUGAAGAGGCAGGAGACAUGCCCGUGCUGCAGAAAGGCUGUCAACCAGAGCGUCAUCUUUGUCAUGUUCAAGCUCAGCAGGUCGAUUGGCCGCAUGAAGAUUAAGUGUAGGAAUGAGAUCCGCGGCUGCUCAGCGACGUUCCCACUCGCGGAACAGUAUUGCCACAGCAUGAGCUGCGUCUACGAGCUCAUCCCCUGCCCGUACCAGGGCUGCCGUGCCCAGCUCCUCCGCCGCGACCUGGACACGCACGCGCGCCACUGCGAACACUGGCGGCAGCCCUGCCACAUGGGCUGCGGCGUUGUGCUGUCCCACCGUACGCAGGCCCAGCACAACUGCUACCGGCAGCUGAGGCAGGAGUACGCCUUGAGGCAGAGGAACCACCGGGCCAUCGCCGCUGCCCUGCAGCGGAAAAUGCGGCGCAUGCAGAGCACCAUGGCCCACAUGAAGAGGCAGAUCGGCCUGAUCUGCGAGAGCCUGGAGGUCAUGGACGACCUGCAGGAAGAGGAGGUGGAGGAGGAGGUGGAGGAGGAGGAGGUGGAGGAGGACCAGGGGGAGACCAGCGGAGGCGCCAGUGCCAGUGGCUCUUGAUUAGGAGGAGGGUUUUCUCUUGGGUUUUGUGUGUGUGUGAGUGAAUAAGCUACAUGUUUGAUGACGUAAAGAAAAGUAUUAAAAAAUACUGUGGUUUACAGAAUUUUUAGAUGGUCUUUCGUGAACUGCCAAUUGUUAAUGCCUCUGUUGCCAUCUUGCUUGUUCACAUUUUAAAAUCAGAGUUUAAUAUUUUGACUGGCGAAAAUCUUGGGUCCUGCUUUUUGUCUAUGUCAAUGAGAAGGAGUUUUUUAUUUGGUACAAGCUUGUAAUGUGGCAUUUGGUAGGUAUAUUGUAUAAAUUGUUUUACCCAACAGAUGUUGAUAGCUGAUUUGUUUGGUGUCCACUUGCAACUAACACAUGGUCAUGCUAUUUACAAUUUUUUCCGAUGCCACCUCAGGGGACCUAUAGAACUGGUUUCAUUAUUGACCAUCUUAUUUUUGCACAGUACAGCUUUAAAAGUGAAAUGAUAUGAUGAUAAUGAUGAAUUCCAAUGUCUAUGUAUUUUUUUUAUAAAAAGGAAUUAUACAUUAUAAUGUCCUUUGUCUGUUAUUUAUCGAUAUAAAAACAGUCAUUAACGAA